UGAGCUAGCACAAAGGAAAGUGUUUUAUUAAACAUCUGUAAAAACCGCUGGGGCCGACUGGUAGUGUAGCAGAAAGUCUGGCUGUGGGAGCGAGUGAAGGCGGUCUCCUCGUUCAAGACUGUCGGCAGAAAUGAAGAGCCAACAGAAAAGCCCCGAACCUGAUGGGAGUGUUGCCGUCAACGAGGAAGGGUCCGUAGCCACUGCAGAAGAUCCGGCAGCCAUUGCCACCAUUCAGUCUGCAGCCACCUUCACUGACCAACCCAUCAAAUAUCUCUUCAAGACGGAAGGAGCAGGCGGGCAGGUGACCUACAGAGUGAUCCAGGUGUCAGAUGGCCAGUUGGAGGCUCAGACAGAUGGAGCUGCAGCCGUCAGCCUGGUCACCGGUUUCCCUGCAACCAGUCAGACUGUCACACAGGCUGUGUUCUCGCAGUCGGAGGGGUUGGAGGGAGAUGGCAGCAGUGAGACGCAGUACACAUACUACCCCGCCACCAUCGCAGACGCCACCACUGGCACCAUGGUAACCACAGUACAGGCCUCCGACACACUGCUGGGCCAGACCACACCCACAGGGCAGCUCUACGUCAUGAUGUCACCACAGGAAGUUUUGACGGGAUCCAAUCAAAGGACAAUCGCACCUCGCACUCAGCCAUACAUAGCAAAGCAAGAGGCUCCUCGGGCUUCCAGAGAUGAGAAACGGCGAGCGCAGCACAACGAAGUUGAGCGCCGGCGGAGGGACAAGAUCAACAACUGGAUUGUGCAGCUGUCGAAGGCCAUCCCAGACUGUAAUGUUGACUAUACCAAGACAGGACAGAGUAAAGGAGGAAUUUUGUCUAAAGCCUGUGAGUACAUCAAGGAACUCAGACAGAGCAACAUGAAGCUAGGGGAGGACAUCAGCACUCUUGAUCGUCUCAGGAUUGACAACCAGCUACUGAGACAGGAGGUGGAAGACUGGAAGUCCAAGAAUCAGAUCCUGAGGAACCUGCUGCGACAGCAUGGCAUUGUGGGAUCAUCCAGCACAGACCCCCAGUGAGAAGCCUGUUUCCACCGGGUAUUAGAAGACAACCACAUGUGGGCCAAAAGAGUACUUGAAACACUUUGAGAUACUUUAUUUGUGAUCGUGUGUGCAUGUAAUAGGGGAAAACAAUUGAAUAUUGUCAUUAAUAUUCAAACCCAGCUUCUUUGCUAAAUGACGACCUGUAAUAUUAUCUUUGAAGCUUUUUACGAAAUUGAAAUCCUUCGCCUGGUGAAUCCAACCCAAUCAUAAUAACACAGCGCAUCUGAAAAGAGAGGAAAAGAUUCAACAUCAAGUUCAGUCUGAGAAGUCAAAUCGGUUCAGUAAGGCCCUCAUUGAAUGCCUUCCUCCACCAACAUUAUGAUUGUUCAUUAACCUCCAGUACAGUAAGCUCUACAGCGUGGCCAACUUCUCAUGUCAGUUUCAUUUACUUCAUCUCUGCAGUACUUUGCUUCUCUGUAUCAAAAUUCAUUCAUGUUAAUGUCUCUGAAACCCCCCCCCCCCCACCCCCCCAUCGUAUUCAUGCUUUGACUUGUUUUCACCUUUUAUCAAUAUCACUUUGAUUAGUCAAUACCAAGUUUUUCAUCCAGUUCAUAGUCAAGCUCUUUUUGCUCUGUAUUUUUGUAUGUUGUUUCAUGAAACCUCACUGGGGACAAUAAUUACAUUGCAACAAUGUAACUAAGUAAAUAAACAGGGGUUGUAAGCAUUGCAUUAGGUAGGCUAUGUACUGUAUGUCUUUAUAAUAAAAAUCAAAUAAUAUACUGUAUGUUAUAAACCACUUUCAGUUGUGUUUAUUAAAGUUGGUAAGUUAGU